AUGUCCUCGAACGUAACACUAUACACCUAUUUCCGUUCAUCCUGCUCUGCUCGACUCCGCAUCGCACUUCAUCUUAAAGAAAUCCCAUUUACUCCAAUCUUCGUCAAUCUUUUCAAAGAUGAACAGUCUUCCCCUUCUCAUAAGGAAAUCAACCCAUCCGGCCUUGUCCCAGCCCUGAUCAUCGAACGUGAUAACGAAGCUCAAGUGACAAUUACUCAGUCCCUAGCAGCUCUGGAAUAUCUACAUGAAACAUUCCCCGGACCCGCACUUCUACCAUCCGAUUCGGAUUCCCGCGCUCAAGCACGUGCAUUGGCUUCCAUAAUCGCGUGCGAUGUUCAACCCGUUACGAACUUGAAGAUUUUGAAGCGUGUUGCUCCCUUUGGAGUGGAUCGUGCAGCUUGGUCGAAGGAUUUGAUCGAGGAGGGUUUACAAGCUUAUGAAAUCACGGUGACUCGGUCGGCGGGCAAAUUCAGUGUUGGUGAUAUGAUUACUAUUGCGGAUAUUUGUCUCAUCCCUGCUGCUUGGGGCGCUGAACGGGUUGGUGUGGAUUUGGGGAAGUUUCCGGUUACAAAUGCCAUUGUUAAGAAUUUGGAAAAGGAGGCGGCUGUUAUCAAGGCUCAUUGGCAGAGUCAGUUGGAUACUCCUGAAGACCUUCGAGUGAAGCACUAG